AUGGGCGAAGCGGGGUUCUCGUUCCCGUCUUUGGAGGAGAAGGCUCCGUCGGGGAGCCUGGGGCCGCCGCUGACGCUGCAGAGCACGGUCAAGUGUGCGGGGCAGGGAGGGGAGAAGCCCGUCGACAUUCAGAGGCCGCCAGCCUCUGGGCCACCAGAGGGGCCACGGGCCGCGAUGGGCCGGAGCAAGGUGCCGUUCGAGAAAGGCUUCAGCCAGAUGGACUGGAUGCGGCUGACCAAGACGGACCCAAAUCUGAACGGUCUCAACGGGGCGCGGCCGUCGAAGAAGAUCACCCUCGAGGAGCUCGGGCAGCACAGCACGCCGGAGGACGCCUGGAUGGCCGUGCGAGGAAAGGUGUACAGCGUCACGAAGUACGCCAACUACCACCCCGGGGGCGCCAAGAUCCUCCUGGCUGCGGCGGGGAAGGACGCGACGAAGCUGUUCGAUCGGUAUCACCCCUGGGUCAACGUGGAGAUGAUGCUAGCCAAGGCGUACGUCGGCAGGCUCGAGCCCCCGCCUGCCGCACCACAGGAAGCACAGCCAGGGAGCUGA